UGGCCUCAAAAUAAUACGGACUAAUCACUAAAUAAUAUUCCGUAUUUGCAUAUACGCAAAGGCCAUCAAUCUUCGUCUUUCUCUUUCUACGUGCGAUCUCUUCCACCACCUCCCUAUAAAUCUCUUUCUCUCUCAGAUAUCUGCUACUGUGGCGCAGGAAUGCAACAGCGGAUCAGUUGAUGCCAUGUGGUUCCUUGGAUGUAUAGUCGGCAAUUUCGUUCACAAUACAAAGUGCAGUCUGUUCCCAAUUGUGUUCUUGAAGGGUAUUCUGUAAGAAGACCCUUCUGGGCAGGAACUUUUGUGUUAGCUUCUUGCUUUUGGAACCAAUAAGACAAGUCUGCAUAGCCUGUUGGUGUUAUUGUUCCGGAUUUGCUAACCAUGCCAGCUGUUCAAAAGCUUUAUAAUGCUUGCAAGGCAUCACUCUCAGCAAAUGGACCUGUUUCAGAAGAGGGUCUUGAAAAAGUUCGAUCUCUGUUAGACAAAAUCAAGCCAUCUGAUGUAGGUCUUGACCAGGAGGCACAAUUGGUACGAAAUUGGAAUGGUAAUGGAGUUGAGCACAAUGGAGGUCUCCAGUCACUACCACCCAUCAAAUAUCUUCACAUACAUGAGUGUGAUAGUUUCUCUAUGGGAAUAUUCUGCAUGCCACCUUCUUCCAUCAUUCCCCUUCAUAAUCAUCCAGGGAUGACAGUUUUGAGUAAGCUUCUUUAUGGUUCUUUAUACGUGAAAGCGUAUGAUUGGGUAGACAUACCUGGGCCUUCUGAUCCAUCUCAAGGUGCAAGACCAGCAAAGAUUGUUAAAGAUUGUGAGAUGACUGCUCCAUGCGGGACAACAGUUCUCUAUCCAACCAAGGGAGGCAAUAUUCACUGUUUUAGAGCUCUUACUCCUUGUGCUAUCUUUGACAUCCUGUGCCCACCAUACGCUGCUGAGGAUGGACGUGAUUGUACUUAUUUCCAGAGGUCUCCAAGUAUGGAUCUUCCAGGUGAUGUAGAGGUGGAUGGAUUGACAGUCUCGGAAGUGAUUUGGUUGGAAGAGUCUCAACCUCCAAAUGAUUUUGAAGUUCGAAGAGGGCAAUACAAGGGCCGCACACUAAAAACCUAAGGGAUCAUUUUUUGUUCUUAUCCAGUCGCAUUCAAGUAUUGAAAGCUUCAUUUGGAUGUUAUUUAGGCGAAAUAGUGAUAUAUUUAUCAUCUAGUGUCUGGUAGUGACUUCUGUUGGUCAGAGACACAGAGUGGGGCAUUUGAUAUGUAUAUAUAUUAAAAUAUAUCAUUACAUUAAUUUACCGACCUCGUCUUAAACUAGUUAAGACUUAAGAGUUAAGACUUAGAUUACUUGUCAUUUUUCACCUCCCCCCUAGUUUACUUCUGAAAUGUGAUAGAAAAUGGCUGAGUUAUUAUCUAGUAGAACUAUUACCCUUGCUUACAAUUAUAGCAUUGGGAAUUGCUCGAAA